UCGGGUGCUCCAUAAGGUAUUUAUUCCGCAGCCGUAAAAUACAAGCCCUUUCUUCUUCUGCUAUCCGCUGCCUAUUUUUUUAUUUUUUUUAUUUUUUGGUCUAGCACGAAUAAUUUAGAUUUUACAAAUGAGGGUAGGGGAUUCUUUUAUAACUUGUGAAUCCUUACUUCCAAAGAAAUGAUCAAUAACAACUGACCGAUUUUCAUAAGACAAUGCGUGUACUUUAAUAAACUUUGUCAGGGUAAAUGAGAAAGAUCCACCGCUGGUCGCAUGAUUUAUCAAUAAUUUUCCUGCAUUUCAUUUGAAACGAGACAUUUUUGAUAGUAGACCUGCGAGUAUGGUAACAUAUUUCACAAUAUUCAAGCAGCAAAAAGGGGGAGCGAUAGGACCAUCAAUUAUCACAUUUAAAUGUGCUAAGCGCUUUUAAUUUUUGACUUUUUGUUUGUUUAAUUACAUUUUUGUGCUUUUGAUGGAAUGAAAGUGCAAUUUUUUUUCCUUCCGCCCCCAAACAUUAAAAAAAAACUUAUAACCCACUUUAUAAGAUUAAAUUGAGAAGCAUAAUCAAAUAUUAAAAGUAACUGUGAAAUUAAUUGAAUAUGGCUGAACGAACAGGUGUUUAUUUUUAUUAAUAAAGGUAGAACAUAGAAGGUCCGGCCACAAACUUGAUUUGCGGGCACCACAAGCAACGGCGAGGAAGUUGAGGAAACGGGAAAACUUAUCUUGCGAAUGAAAACCCAUUACUUUACAUCACAACAAGAGAAAAAAGAAAAAAGUCAAUUAGACAAUCGUCUCCCUACUCAUUAUACCUGAAAUGCAUACUGUCAAGUGGAGAUGAUUUUGCCUGAUUUUAAACCGGGGCAGAGAUACCAAUAGUUCUUUUUGCGUGUUUUUGGCUCCCAAAAACUGAACGUCAUCUCGUCAUAUGUGGUAGAACUACCGGACAAAGAAUUUGUAAACCUGACAAGGAAAUCGAUCAUCCUGUCUGUAUAAUAGAGAUGGACAUUUUCAACACAAGACCAUUUGACAUAUUCGUCGCCUUUGACUCAGCCAUAAACGUCACCUCGUCCAUUCAUACGACCGCCAGUUAUAUAAACAUAGGCUUCUGUACAGCAGCUUUUCUAACCGCCCUUGCUGGAAACUCUAUGAUCCUAUUCGCUUACGUCAAAGAUCCCUACAAGAAUCUUCAGACGGUGCCCUCGAACUUACUAGUAGCUACUCUGGCUUUUGUGGAUAUUCUAUCGGGAGUAUUUUUUUUAUUUCUUUACAUUCUUUUACAGACAUUGAUGUCUAUUCCGAGCAAAAUUGAUAUAUCAUAUAUCCAUUGGCAGGCAAGGUUUUUUGGCCCAGUAUCAGUAUGCCUGUCGCUAGCUUCCCUUUUUCUCCUUGUUGCCAUGGCAAUCGACCGCUACUUCGCCGUCACCCGCCCUUUAGCCUACAAGAGUCUGGUUACCAAGCAACGUAUCAUAUGGGCUAUUUUUAGCAUUGUGCUUUACUCCCUUGCUUCUUUCACCUUGUUUCUGCUGAACCCAGGUUGGUUUCUAUUUAGUAUGUUUUUUGUCGGAAGUCACUUGGUCUUAGCUGCGUUUCUUAUGUCUUGUCUUUACAUCCGUAUAAUGGUCUCAAUUCGGCGCCAGUCCCGCGCGAUAAGCCAGUCUGCUGACACCAACAUUCAUGCUCGCAGACUCAUGCUAGCAAGAGAGAAAAAGGUGUUAGUUGCGGUGGUUAUAGUUCUCUCUCUGUUUUUGUUCUCAUUUAUCCCUUGCUACAUCACUACAUUAUUCUUGGUGGUCUGCUCUACCUGCUUGUCUUAUAAGUUUGCGAUUGCAUUGUUAUUUUCUGUCUCUCUCUUCAACUCCACCUGUGCAUUCAACCCUUUCGUCUAUGGAAUCAGAGUCGACAAAUUCAGGCAAGCCAUCGGGUAUUAUUCCUGCUCCAAAACUUAAACAAUUGACAAAUGUGCCCUCAAAGAGGGGCAUUGUGAGCUUGAGAACUUCUACAAGAUCCAGACAGAAGCUGGUCGCUAAGAGACUCAUUAUAAUGUAUCUAGGAACUAACUUUAAUCUCUCACUUAUAUCUUUCAACUCACUCCCUGUACAUAAAGAAAGUCUGUUUGUUCCUAAAAAAAUAAUUGUUUUACUUUUCAUUCGGUUUUUGGGGACCGACGACACUGAAUCCCUUUCUUUGUCGAUCACGUGGUAGCGAAUGUGUUUCAUAAUAAUUUUCACUGUGCAGGUUUUAGAUGAAAAGGAAAAUUUUAAUGAUCAGUAGCAAGUAUAUAAUCCUUUUUUCAAAUAAUAUUAUGUUUGUCACCUUUCAUUAAAAAAACUCAAGUUUCAAAUAAACUUAGUUCUUCCCGGUUCUAGUAUGUGACCAUAAUGUAAUUAAGAUUAUGUAAUUAUGUAAUAACCAUUAUGUACCUUCAUUACUUCACAGCUACAAAAUUAAUUUAAUUUUAAGGUUACUCGGCACAGAGGCAAAUGAAAAUAAAGUAAAUAAGUUAUUCAUUGUAAUCGAAUACUGUUAGAAAUUAAACCUGAAAUUAGAUUUACAA